UUUUCCAAGAUGAUGCAUCUAUCAAUUAUCUUACUCAUUUCAAUAGUUUCAGUUCAAGGUGAACACGGUGUUACUGUUGGCACAUUAGUGAAUAAGAAGGAACAAAAUGAAGAUGGUUACCAUUUCAAAUUCUCAACAAGCGACGGACAAAAUAGAGAAGAAACAGGUGUCCUGUCAAAAUUGGGAGAUAAUCUGAUAUUGAGAGUAGUAGGCUUUUACUCAUAUAAAGGAGAUGAUGGUAAUUCGUACCAAGUGACCUAUCGUGCUGACGACACUGGUUUCACAGCAACAGGUGACCAUUUACCAACAUUGAAAACAUAUUAUCCAAAGAUAACAUCGUCAACAACCGAAUUUCCUCAAGAAAUAGAGAAUCCCAUUCUGUUGCGUUCUGACUUCUUACCAAGAACUCGAAUAGCAUCAUCAGCGAUUGCAUCACUAGCAGGAGGAGGUUUAGGAUGAAGAAUGGCUGAUUUCUUGAUACAAUAUGAGUGAUGAUUUACUGUCAAAUCAUUUACGUUUAUUUUAAAAGAGUAGGGCGUAAUUCAAUUAUGGCAGAGUGGUCUAAACUUGAAUAGAAAACAACUCUAUGAGCAAUAACUAUGCAAUUUUUCCAAACUUUUUUAUACAUUUCAAAUCUAUCUGUUCAGUUGGCUGGAGUCAUUAUUGAAUGUCAGCUUAUGUUUUGAAAUUUCAGCGAUUCCAACAUUAUUCAAAGCACAAAUUAUUUAUAAAUUGAUUAACAUUUUCGAAAUGGAAUU